UUUUUUUUUUUUGUUUUGUUUUUUUUUGUUUUGUUUUGUUUUGUUUUUUUUUUUGUUUUUCUCUGCAAAUUAGGGUUCGUGUCCAUCUGUUCUUUCAUCUUCUUCUUGAUCAGGGUUUUGGGGUUUGUAAAAGCUUGAUUAGGGUUUAUGUUAUGAACAAUGUCGACUCUCGAUUCGUACGGUGUUGGUGUUGAUGGUGGUGCUCAAACUUCUCAAGGUGGCUCGGCUGGCUUGAUGUCGAACAUGCGCUUAGCUUUCAGCGCCGACGGCGCCACGGUCUACAAGCCUGUGAUGCCACCAACGCCGCCACAUUCGGCUACGCCCACACCCAUCUAUCAAGCAGGCGGCGAUAGAUCUGCCGUGGCGGCUGACUCGCCGCUGAGCAUUGGCGGCGCCGUCGCCGGAGAACAGAGCAAGAGGAAGCGAGGGAGGCCUAGGAAGUACGCUCUUGAUGGUACUAUAGUUCCUGCUUUAAGGUCUCCCCCGGCGGCUCUGCCGGAGCCGGCUUUGCAGUCGGGCGGGUUCUCGACUCCCGCUUCGGUGGCUACAUCGCCGCCUGGGAAGAAGCCGAGGGGCCGACCACCUGGAACCGGGCGGAAACAUCAAGGUGCUGCUAUGGGAUCACCAGGGGUUGGGUUUACGCCACAUAUCAUCACAGUAAAAGCUGGAGAGGAUGUAUCUUCCAAAAUAAUGUCAUUUUCUCAAAAUAGCACAGGCGCUAUCUGCAUUCUGUCAGCAAAUGGUGCCAUAUCGAAUGUAACUCUUCGUCAAGCGGCAACAUCUGGUGGAACUGUUACUUAUGAGGGACGCUUUGAGAUCCUUUCUCUUUCUGGUUCAUAUAUGCUCUUAGAUAGUGGUGGUCAGCGCAGCAGAACUGGUGGGUUAAGUGUGUUGUUGGCGGGGCCAGAUGGCCGUGUCUUAGGUGGUGGUGUAGCAGGGCUUCUAACUGCGGCUGCUCCAGUGCAGGUAGUUGUCGGUUGUUUCAUUGCAGGUCAGGAUUUAAAUUCACCAAACCAAGCCACUCCCGUAGCUGGUCCACCAAAGCUCAGCGGCCAUGGAGCAUCAGGAGCUGGAAGUCCAGCAUCGCGUGGGACCAUGAGUGAAUCCUCUGGUGGGCCCGGAAGCCCUCUUAACCAGAGUACUGGAGCAUGCAAUAAUAAUAGCAAUCUGCAAGGCUUGAACAACUUGUCUUGGAAAUAAGACUGAUGACCAAUAAAAUGGCUUUGCUCUCUUCGAGGCUUAUUCUGUGGAUGUGCUGUGCUAACCUCCAACAAUCCAAAUGUUAGGAAGCUGAUGUGUAACUUGUGACCGGCUUAUGUGUAAUGCAUAUUUGCUUCUGGGAAAAGACCAUAUGAGCACUGCAAUUGUGCAAAAACUAAAAACCUAUUCCCAUCUCCCCCUUAUGAGGCACCCUUUAGUGACUAAACUACAUAAAAAUAGUUGGAUAUUGUGUUUUAGAUGGUUCUAAAAAUUAACGUUUAGUGUUAUUCUUCCGUUGCA